AUGGAGGAGGCGGCGGCCGAGGACGGAGGCUCCGGACCUCUCAGAGGUCGUCAUAUUAAGAAGAGGGCCCUCAAGAACAAAUCUCUUUCUGUUUCUUUCAAUGAAAAAGAUCUCAAGGAUUAUGUGACUGGUUUUCACAAGAGGAAGAAGAAGAGAAGAAGAGAGGCCCUGCAAAAGCAAGAAGAAGCUGAACGCCGAAAGCGCAUCGAACAGCGCAAAAAGAGGAAAUUGGAACGAGAUUUUGUCAUGUUUGGUAGAGCUCUUCCUGGUUCAGGCGCAGAAGAUGCUGCUGAGCCCGAUGAGGAAAAUGAACAUGAUGAGGAUACUGAACCAGUCGGCCCUGUUUCAGUCACGGUGACAACUCGUGAAAUAGCUCGGGAGGAAGAUGGAUCGGCUGAUAUGUCGGGGAUUGGGACAGCUCAAUCGUUUGAAGGGUUUGAGAAGGGCAAUAAGCAAAAGACUCCUGUGGCUAGGAAGAAGCUGAUCAAGAAGCCCCAGAAAAAGCGAUCUCGUGCAAAGCCACAGAGUAAAAGAGAUAAGAAGAAAGGAAAGAAAAAGAACAAGAACAAUUAG